ACUUCUUUUUCAGUAUCUUUCCUGGAGUUGAAAGUAGUCUAAUGGCUUUCUCAUUUGUUUGGUGGUAAUCCAGGAUGAUUUGGCAGCAAAUCUAGGAAGAGCUAACUCGUUGUCUAAAUUCCUGUUUACUGUUGGUAACCUCUUCUUUUCCUGUUCUGUUUUGUCACUGCUGCUAACUUAAUACCGUCUGUAAUGUUUUCUUUUUCUUCAGGAAAGCGUUAAAAGAAUUAGACUAAUGAAUUCGUCACCAAAUGAUAACGCGUCUGCUUUCUAUGGAAUAAAUCAGUUUUCUCACCUGUUUCCUGAAGAGUUCAAAGCUAUUUACUUAAGAAGCAUACCUCACAAACUUCCCAGAUACAUAAAAGUGCCAAAGGGGAAGGAAAAGCCUUUGCCAAAGAAGUUUGACUGGAGGGACAAGAAAGUCAUUGCAGAAGUGAGAAAUCAGCGAACAUGUGGAGGCUGCUGGGCUUUCAGUGUUGUGGGUGGUAUAGAGUCUGCCUAUGCAAUUAAAGGAAAUAAUCUGGAAGAACUCAGUGUACAGCAGGUUAUUGACUGUUCAUACAAUAAUUACGGCUGCAGCGGUGGAUCCACUAUUAGUGCUUUGAGCUGGCUGAACCAGACAAAAGUAAAGCUUGUGAGAGAUUCAGAAUACAGUUUUAAAGCUCAGACAGGAUUGUGCCAUUAUUUUCAUCGCUCAGAUUUUGGAGUUUCAAUAGCAGGAUUUGCUGCAUAUGACUUCAGCGGCCAGGAAGAGGAAAUGAUGCGGAUGCUUGUGAACAGGGGCCCUUUGGCAGUAACAGUAGAUGCAGUUAGCUGGCAGGAUUAUCUUGGUGGAAUCAUACAGUAUCACUGCUCCAGUGGAAAAGCAAAUCAUGCUGUUCUUAUCACUGGUUUUGACAGAACAGGUAGCAUCCCUUACUGGAUUGUACAGAACUCUUGGGGGCGUACAUGGGGAAUAGAUGGCUAUGUUCGUGUUAAGAUAGGCAGCAAUGUUUGUGGUAUAGCGGAUACGGUUUCAUCGGUGUUUGUUUGACAUUCAUUGGCCAAAGACCACAAUUCUUAUGUGGUUAAUAGUUUGGCAUAUACUGCAUGUGAAGACUUGACUUCAAAGCAGCAUUUCCUAAAUUUCCAGAAACUACUGUAUAAGGCAUUUCCUCUUUUGGGCAGAUAUGGCUUGGCCAGGGUUUUUAAAAAUGUUUUCAUUUGGAAUCUGUGCUGCAUAUGAAAUCUUCCUGGAAUGAGAAGGCUGAGUGACUGCAGAGUGAAGAAAAAGGAAGUUACAAAAACGGACUGAAACCAUGAAUUUGAACUCUAUCCAGAAGCUGUCAAAUACUGAAAAAUCCACUCCAUAAGAAGUCCUUUGAUGAGGAAGGAAUGUGGUGAUGACAGAUGAUACGGAAUUUGAAUCAAGAAAUCAACAGUAUGACAGUAUAAUUGAAAUGCAUGUGAGAAGAACCAUGAUUAAGUCUGCUUUUAUUUUGUGGAGGGGGGAGCGGUAGAAGAAAAUACUCUGUUACGCUUUAAUGCCUAUUUUGGCCUUUGUGGUGCUUCUAAUGGACACAUGCAUUUUGUCCUCUUCCUUUUUGUAGAAUCCUUUUUUUUUUUUUUCUAAAGCUAGAGGAGUAAAGGAGGGAAAUGUAGAGUCAUAAAGUUGUUUCCAGAGCAACCAGUGUCUCUGUAUUGCUGUUGUCCUUCCAUUUAAGUCUUUGACCUUUCUUGGGUAAAUAUAACUUAUUCUUCAGAGCAGGGAAUAUGUUUUGUAAAGUGCCUGGAGUAUUUGAAUUUUCUGAACUAGUUUGUUAGAUGCAGGAAGUAACUGUUGUGUAGGCUGUAUUUAGACAAACAGAGGCAGUUCUACUAGUGGCUUGACAUGAAGGUGUAUUGUGUGUCCUAACAGGACAUACGUGUUUGCAGAUCAGCUGUUCUGCUUGGAGAGCUGUGUUAGUUCCAUGCUUUCUCUCUUCUCUACUUCAUGCUAACACUGAAGCCAGUUGCAAAGUGCAAAUUCAGAAAUUUAUUUAUUACUGAAAAAGUUGGGGGGGGGGAGUGGUCAAUAUAUGUUUGCCACCUUUAAAAAGGUGCAGUCAUAGAGUGCUCCAUACUGAGUGGAUGCUGAAUUUCCCUAAAAAAAAACUUACCAAACUAUGUUCUUGAACCUGUACUAAUUGGAGGGAUUUGGUGGGAAACAAGAAGUUGCUCAGCUUUGCUGAGCUGUAAAAUUGCAGUUGCAGGCAAAUAUAAACAGAAUUCAGAGCUAAACGAGCAAUUCUAAAAUGCUCUAAUUUUUUCAGCUAGAAUGCCUUCUAGUCCACCCAUAUCCUUUAUUGAAGCGCUAUUAUGAAAAGUAUUGAAGCAGUUUUGUAACUUUGCACUCACUUGUGAUACCAUGUUAAUAGUUCUGUGUAUAAUAAUCUUAUGACAAAUGCAAUGAAUAUUCAUAA